AUGCUCACCAGCAUCUCGAUGGCGGACGUCAUCGAUCCGGACACCGCUGUCCUGCAUAUACCGAGGAUGAUUCGUCAGGACGAGUACGGCUACCGAACCAGCGUGGAAGGCAAAGAGGUAUCGCCUCUCACCGUAGUGCCUCUCAAUCAGGCUUUCCCCAUCUCCAAGUCCGGUGGACCUGCUUCGGCAUCGUUUGUCUUGAAGCGCUUCGCUGACGGCUACUAUGUAUGCUCCUGCCCAGCAUGGAGGUUCAGCACCGAGCGCGACAAGAUGCGCAAAACAUGUUCGCAUCUCAAAGAUGUCCUCGGGGAAGCAUACGAGAACGAUCGCAUCGCACUCGCAAGAGAAGCCAAGAGCACCGUCUUCGAGCACACAAAAUUCCGCAGAACCACUUCAGAUGGUCACCACGCUCGGCACACACAUGCAAAGUCGAUGCUUGACGAUCAUUUCCGGCAACUCUCGCAAAGUCAAUCCGAUGUCUUACCCUCCAGCCAACCAAACAUCAUCGCGAGCUCGGGUGCAAGCAACGUCAAUGGACCGCGCCCCGAAAACCGCUUGGCAGACGAGCAUGGGGUCAGCACCUCCAGGUCUCGCGUCACGCCGGUGCAAGCUGAACAAGACAGUGAUACCGAGACCGAAGAUGAAGAGGUGGUCGCCGCCUCUCAAGCAGCAGCAGCCUCCGGUUCAUCACGUCCUCUCUUUCUAGCUGCGACGCAGCCGAAUGCCACCGCGGGCCGAACGCGCUCGGCAUACCAUGACGACGACGAUGACGAUCCCGGUAUCAACCAGGACGAUGUGCAGGCGUCGCCAUCAAAGCGCGCUCGACGUGGCAAACGAUCCGCUGGCGACAGCGAUGAUGACAAGGUGGGUAUCGACCGCAGCCAUACUCUUUCGCCGAUGUCUCGACUGACCCCUGCUCCGCUUCUGUCUGAUUACAGGUGUCUCUGCUUCUUGCAAAGCCAUGGCUGCUGGAUGCUGACCCGUCCAAGCCCAGAUCGAAAGCGAUGGAUCCCACCGGCUGGUGGAUCAGCGAAAAACUCGACGGCGUGCGCGCCUUUUGGGACGGGCAGAGGCUCUACUCGCGUCAAAAGAUUGAAUGGAAUGCACCGUCUUGGUGGAAACAACGUGAGUCAGCAAGUGUCUUCUAAUCGCUACGGACGACAUGAACUGACACUCCGCGUGCAUUAUUCUUGCCCUUGCCUCGUUCCUCUAGGGCUACCUAAGGACAUCACCCUGGACGGCGAGCUCUGGAUGGCACGAGGCGCUUUCGACCAGACUUCGCAGAUCUGCCGCACUACUGUAAGAUUGGGCCGGCUUCGCACCUUUUCCCAUUUUCUCGAACGCGAUUCGAUGGAGCGUCAGUGGCUGCGCGAACAGGUUGGAGGGCGUCUCGCCAGCCAAGACCGCCUCCGUGACGCAAGAGGAGCCUUGUCUCUGCUACGCCCGACGAUCGAGAAGAGCGUGAGCUUUGCCGAUGUGAUUGCGACAGCGCGUUCAACAGCUUCGUCGUCCGAAUGGAAAGCAUUGAAGCGAAGUCUCAGACAACGCAAGAAACAUUCGGCAGUCAAGUCUCGGCCAAGCUCACGCUUCGCUGUCGCAGGCUCUUUCUUGCGAGCUUUGUUCGGACGACAUCCGGCCGAACAGAGCCAGCCCGGUUCCGUGCUACCUGUUCCGCCAAGUCGUCCCGUCUUCAAGCGUUGCACCAGGUGUGGCAAAGUCGUCAAACGGGGGAAAAGCCGAAACGCAGAUGCGGCAGAUCCCAACAGGACGAACGCUGACCAGUCUGUUUCUGGACCCUCUUUGCCCUCUGCAACCUCAAACCCGAUGCCAACAUCAAAAACAUUCUCGUCGCGACGACCGCACGCGUACUCGACCCUGGCCGCCCUGUCAUCUGGUCGAACUAUGCCCUCUGCAUAUACCCACGUCUGUCGGCGCAAAACAAAGAGUUCCAACGAGUGGAGCCGCAUCAAAUUCAUGAUCUUUGACACACCUUCCAUGGGCUCGAGGCCAGUAGAAGAACGCUGGGUAGAGAUCGAGAAUCGCUUUGGCUCGACCGACGGGCUCGACAUCGACUCUCUCGAAGGUCCACAGAUCAAACUCGUCAAGCACAUCAAGUGUGAGGGUCGCUCGCACCUCGCUGAGCUCAUGGAAGCAGUCGAGCUCAAGGGCGGCGAAGGACUGAUGCUCCGUCAACCUGGAUCAAAGUACGAAGGUAAGCGCGGCAACACGCUCUUCAAGCUCAAGAAUUGGUACGACGCCGAAGCCGAGGUGAUAGGAUACGCCGAAGGCACGGGACGACACGCAGGUCGAACGGGAUCUCUGGUCGCCCGCAUGGCGUGUGGCACUGUCUUUCGUGUCGGAACGGGCAUGUCGGAUGCUCAACGAGACAAUCCUCCUCCCAUUGGUAGCAUCAUCAACUAUCGCUUUUUCGAGCUCAGCGAAGACGGCUAUCCUCGCUUCCCCGCUUUUCGUGGGGUUGCCAGCGACAAAUCCAAGCCCAAAGAUGCGGUGGUACGACCAAGAGCUAGCGCUAUCAGGUCUGUUGAAGAUCAGUAG